AUGGAUCUUAAGGGCAAAAGUGCUCUGGUUACUGGAGGUUCAGGUGCCAUUGGGAAAGCAAUUUGUGAAGAAUUGCUCAAGAAUGGCAUUAAGAAUCUCGGCUUAAUUGAUCUUCAACCAGGAGAAUCAACAGUGAAUGACUGGAAAUCACGUUUUCCCUCCGUUUUCAUCACUUUCUAUCGCGCUGACGUGACUUUGCAGGAAGAUCUUGAGCUGUGCUUCAAGAAAUUCACCGAGGAAAUCCAGAAUUUGGAUAUUGUCGUGAAUUGCGCGGGAAUUUUGAAUGAGAGUGAAUUCAAGAAAGUCAUUGAAGUGAAUCUAAUUGCUGUUAUCAGAUCAACUCUCUUGGCCAUUGACUGCAUGAGAGUUGACUCGAAGUGUGGCAAAGGAGGAGUUGUUCUUAACAUCGUUUCUGAUGCAGGAUUCAAGAUCUUUCGAGCCACUCCAUCUUAUGGAGCUUCAAAGCACGGACUUCUGGCUUACACUCGAAGUGUAGCUCUGGAAGGCAAAGAUUUGGGCAUGAGAUUCAUCUCUCUCUGUCCAGCGCAAACGAAAUCCGAACUCUACGAUGGGAUCUUCAGCCCUGGACGACACUUUAUGCCCAGCAAAUGGAAUAUCGAAGAGGAGAAAGCUUCGAAUGUCGCUCAAGAGCCGGCGGAAGUGGGAAAGGCGGCGGCGGAAGUGAUCCGUAGCGGCGAGAACGGAAGUGUUUGGGUUGUAAAGCAGGGAAAGCUGAGUGAAGUCACGAUUCCUGCGGUUGAAUUCUGAAUAAACUCACCACAUGCAGCAUUCACUGGUGUUUGUGAUGGCGAGCAAAACGGCUGAUUCCUCUGGUCGACUGUGUUGAGCA